UUAAAUAAGUCAAAUUAUACAAUGAUUGAAGACAAUAAAGAGAACAAAGACAAUUCAGCAGAAAGAGGUAGAGCAGCUGUCGUUUUUUCCUUAAAGAAUGAAGUUGGAGGACUUGUAAAAGCGCUAAAACUCUUUCAGGAGAAACAUGUAAAUCUCAUGCACAUCGAGUCCCGAAAGUCAAGGCGAAGAAAUUCAGAGUUUGAGAUCUUUGUGGACUGCGAUAGUAACAUGGAACAACUGAAUGAGAUCUUCCAUCUACUGAAAUCCCACGUCAAUAUUGUAUCCGUGAACCCCACAGAUAAUGUCACUGUGCAGGAGGAUGACAUGGAGAAUACACCCUGGUUUCCUAAGAAGAUCUCAGAUUUGGAUAAAUGUGCGAAUCGUGUUCUGAUGUAUGGGUCUGAAUUGGAUGCCGACCAUCCAGGUUUCAAAGACAAUGUCUAUCGUAAGAGGCGAAAGUAUUUUGCAGACCUAGCUAUGAACUACAAACACGGUGACCCAAUCCCCAAGAUUGAAUUCACUGAGGAGGAGAUCAAGACUUGGGGCACUGUAUUCAGAGAGCUCAACAAGCUCUACCCAACUCAUGCCUGCAGAGAGUACCUUAAAAACUUACCCUUACUCACCAAAUACUGUGGGUACCGAGAAGACAAUAUCCCCCAGCUGGAAGAUGUAUCGUGUUUCCUGAAAGAGCACACAGGUUUCACCAUCCGUCCAGUUGCUGGAUAUUUGUCACCCAGAGAUUUCUUGGCAGGCUUAGCGUUCAGAGUUUUUCACUGCACUCAGUAUGUUAGGCACAGCUCGGACCCUCUCUACACCCCAGAGCCCGAUACCUGUCAUGAGCUCCUGGGUCAUGUCCCACUCUUGGCUGAACCGAGUUUUGCUCAGUUCUCCCAGGAAAUUGGCCUGGCAUCGCUUGGGGCAUCAGAUGAGGCUGUUGAAAAACUGGCAACCUGCUACUUCUUCACUGUGGAGUUUGGUUUAUGUAAGCAAGAGGGACAGCUACGAGUCUAUGGGGCUGGUUUACUUUCUUCCAUCAGUGAGCUCAAGCAUGCUCUCUCUGGCAAUGCCAAAGUCAAGUCCUUUGAUCCUAAGGUGACCUGCAAGCAAGAAUGCAUCAUCACAACUUUCCAGGAAGUCUACUUUGUUUCUGAAAGUUUUGAAGAAGCAAAGGAAAAGAUGAGAGAGUUUGCAAAAACAAUCAAGCGCCCGUUUGGAGUAAAGUACAACCCAUAUACGCAAAGCGUACAGAUCCUGAAAGACACCAAGAGCAUCGCCAGUGUGGUGAAUGAGCUGCGUCAUGAACUGGACAUUGUCAGCGAUGCCCUCACCAAGAUGGGCAAGCAGUUGGGCAUCUAA